AACGCAGAGCGGAAGAAGCGCCUGACUGCGGAGGUUAACGCGUUCGCUCGCCGUUUGUUUGUUUAUAUUUUCGUUGUCGUUAAAGUCAACAGUGUAGUGUUGAGUUCGGGGCUCGUGUAAGUCGGAAAGGAGAGAAAUAUCACGGUCAGCUGAGAAUUAAUCAGUCAGAUUAAUCAGAACCUUCAUCAGCGCUCAGUUUAUGCUCAGUUUAUUGUGGUGUAGAUAAAGCUGUGAGUGGAUGAUGGAGUCCAGCUCUGGAGCUGUGGUGAGUUUCUCUGAGAAACCGGCAGAGAAGCCAGAGAAACAGCGCAAAAUACUACAGGAGGAGCAAUAUAUACAGAAUCUGGAGAAAAUCAUACAGAGGGAUUUCUUCCCAGAUGUGUCCAAGCUGCAGGCACAGAAGGAUUAUCUGGAGGCGGAGGAGAACGGAGACCUGGAGAAGAUGCGUGAGAUCGCCAUCAAAUACGGCUCCGCUAUGGCCAAGUAUACACCACGCACUUACGUGCCCUAUGUGACUCCGUCUACGUUUGAGACGCCUGAUGGACGUGCAGUUUCUCCAUCCGCUUCACACAGUAAACCCAGAACCACAGAGGAUGGAAGUAAAGACAGCACGAAAGAAGAAGAGAAGGAUCUUCCGUCUUUGGAUCGUUUUCUGGUUAAACACACAAGUGAAGAUAAUGCGUCUUUUGAGCAGAUAAUGGCUCUUGCGAAGGACAAAGAGAAGCUGAAGCACGCCUGGCUGUACGAGGCUGAGGAUGAGUUCAGACAGCGUCGUGAGGAGAACCUGGCUCUGCCGUCGUCAGAGAAGCAGGCGCUGGAGUGUACAAAGGCUGGAGUGGAGACAUGGGAGUACAAGGCUAAAAACGCUCUGAUGUACUAUCCUGAAGGUGUGAAGGACGACACAGUAUUUAAGAAGCCACGUGAAGUUGUCUAUAAGAACACGCGGUUUGAUGUGGACCCAUUCUCUAAAGCUCUGAAUAAGUCCCAGAUCCAGCAGGCUGCUGCUCUGAACGCACAGUUCAAAUUGGGUAAAGUUGGUCCAGAUGGUAAAGAACUCCUCCCUCAUGAGUCUCCCAAAGUGAACGGUUACGGGUUCGUGGGGGCGCCCUCACCUGCGCCAGGAGUGUCUGAGUCUCCAUUGAUGACGUGGGGUGAGAUCGAGUCCACUCCAUUCCGGCUGGAUGGUUCAGAAACACCGAUCAUAGAGAGGAGCCACGGCCCGUCGUUCAAGAUUCCGGAGCCCGGCAGGAGAGAGCGUCUGGGCCUGAAAAUGGCCAACGAAGUCGCAGCCAAAAACAGAGCAAAAAAGCAGGAAGCACUGCGCAAAGUGACAGAGAACCUGGCCAGUCUGACCCCUAAAGGUCUGAGUCCAGCUGCAUUGUCACCUGCACUUCAACGGCUGGUCAACAGAUCGUCCAGUAAAUACACGGAUAAGGCGUUGCGGGCGAGCUACACUCCCUCACCCUCUCAUCGCAACCUCAGCUCUAAAACUCCACACGGUGGCGCUCUGACACCCUCGGGAACACCCACGCCCAGCAAAACCAAAACACCUGCCGCCCAUGAUCCCGCGUCCAUCACUGACGACCUACUGCAGCUGCCCAAGAGGAGGAAAGCGUCCGAUUACUUCUGAUCACACUGAACAGUGAACUGGACUAAAUGCCCCCUGCUGGUGAAGAAGGGGAGAAACUUAAAACUCAAACGAAAAGCACACGUCUCAAACACUGCAAAUCCAGUUAAUAUAACUGUUAUGUCCCAAUAUUCUACCUGUUUAUAGACAUUAUUACCUGUUUUGUCAUUUUAGCCAGUAAAACUGUCUCAUUUCACAGCUAGUUUUACGCUUCUUCAAAAAAGUUAUUCCCCAGUUAGAACUUAAGAUAACACAUAACAGGUAAAAAAUGGUUGAUUUCAUUUUAUAUUAUCCUCUCAUUAUGAAAAAAAAUUUGAUAUAUUGACUAUCAACAAUAUUUAGAUUUUUUUUCACAGUCCUGUGGUCAGUGUCAGACCAGUUUAAUUUUCACUGCAUAGCGAAGUAAUCGUUUUGAUAUUGGAGCAGGAGUGUGGUGACGUAUUUUGUUAAAAGUAAGAAAACUGGAAAGACUAUGACUUUAAAUCUCUAAAAGGCUGAAAGCUAAAGGUUGGAAAACCCUCUGAAUGUUCAUUACAUAUGAGUUUGUAUAAUUUUAUACAGUGUAUAGAAGCUCGGGCAUUUUGGGUCAAAAUAAGAGCAAUUUCUCAAAACUUU